UCUCAUAUUGCACUUCUGUUUUCUAUUCAACCGUUCGGUGUUCGUUCUGGUAAAGUAUUACAUCAAAGUAAGCGAAAGAGUUUAAACAAAUUCAUCCAUCCAAAAGGUAGAAGAGCCUAAUGACUGACGUACCCAAACAAUAAAAAGUGAUGGAGUGUAAAAACGAAACAGUACGGUUGAGCUUGGAUACUAUCAAAGAAAUCAUUGCCAAAGAUGAGCCAGAUGUUGAAAUCGUCAGCUUUGAGGAAGAACCUGGAUCAGGGAGAGGAGAUAAUUACACAUCAAUGCUAUAUCGACUGCGUGUUAUGGGCAUGAAGCAGCAAAAAAAUACUACAGAAAGGGUGAAAUGGCAACGGGCUAUCAUCUAUAAGGUAUUGCCGGAUUCACGAGAACGACGCGAGGCUUUCAAGAGUGAGACACUUUUCCGAAACGAGGUAGCAUUUUACACAAGAGUAUGGCCAGCUUUGAACGCUCUACAAUCACGAGGACGUCGCGUAUUCGACGGUGUGGCUAGAAUAUACACUGCGCGAGAAGAUUUGAUUGCAAUGGAAGAUUUGCGAGAACGUGGUUUCCAGAUGGGUGACAGAAGAGUUGGACUACAAUUGGAGCAGCUUCAACAAACACUGUCGGCCUUGGCAGGUUUUCAUGCGCUUAGCCUGGCCUUAAAAGAAUUGAGGCCAGAAAAGUUUGAAGAGUUGAGCAGACGGGGAGGCAAUGGCGUUGAAGAAGCAAUGUUUCGAGAUGAGAACGCAGACUGGUACAGACAAUAUUACAGGGUAGCAGCGAAUAAUGCAAUUAAAAUGGUAUCCGAAGCUCUGCCACCAAUGGCAAAAGAGAGAAGGGAAGAUGUCAUGCAAAGAUUACAAACUUUUUUGCACGAAGACACUUUCUUUCAUACAAUGAGCAAGUUAGCCGCUGCUCAAGGACCACUGACGGUAUUUUGUCACGGUGACUGUUGGACCAACAACAUUCUCUUUCGAGAAGAAUCAGGUCCAGAUUCCAAGGUGGUUUGCUUUGUUGAUUUUCAACUAUCUCGAGUCGGAUCAUUGGCCCUUGAUUUGGCAAAUCUUCUGUACUGUUGCACAAGUGGAGAAGUUAGACGUGUACACAUGACAUCUCUUUUACGCCAUUACCACCUCCAUUUGAUUGCUGCCCUGGAGGUACUUGACGUUCAACAAUCUUCAAGGGACCCUGCAACUAUGUGGAACGUGUUGACCAAGGAAAUUUGGGCUUGUGGAAGAUUUGGGUUGGGCUUAGCACUGGACAUGCUGCCGAUAAGUACCUGUGCCAGCGACGAAGCCCCAAACUUGUAUGAGGAUGAAGAAGCAAGUGAAAAAAAGGAGGGGGCACAAGGUCCACCGCCGGGAGGUGCAGAAUGUGCACGUCUGAUGACAGAUCUAGUGUUGGAGCUAAUAGAUAACGAAGCACUUUGAUUAUCUCUCAUUAGUCAAUGUAUAGUAAUAAUAGAAUUUGAAUGUACUGUAAUAGACUAUCAAAAACCGGCGCGUUUAGGCAAUUUUCGUUCCUUUUUUUUUUUGGUUUCCAAGAACCAGAUCAAAAAAUAAUUGUACUAAUAUUUUAUGUUCUAUUGCAUCGAAAUAGAUGAAUAAACUUCAUGUACUGGUA